CGAGGCGCUGGUCGAAUGGCGACACUGGCUGGAGGGGGCCAAGCAUCCGUUCCUGGUCCUGACCGACCAUCGCAACCUCAUUCACAUCCGAUCCGCUAAAAGACUGAAUGACAGGCAAGCUCGCUGGGCACAAUUUUUCUGUCGAUUCGAUUACACUCUCACCUACAGACCUGGUUCACGCAAUGGCAAGGCGGACGCUCUUUCUCGAAUAUUCUCAGAGGAACCUACCGUUAAGUCUACUUCCGAGACCAUCCUUCCCCCUAACCGCAUCAUCGGGAUGGUAACUUGGGAGAUCGAGGGCCUGGUCAAGACGGCCUUACGUUCUGACACUGGUCCCGGAAACGGACCCCCUAAUAGGCUGUUCGUCCCAGAACCUUUAAGGGCCAAGGUACUUGAUUGGGCUCAUUCUAGUGUGUUUACCUGUCAUCCCGGAGUCCAUAGGUCACUAAGCUUUAUCCGACGCCGUUUUUGGUGGCCUACCAUGGAGGCGGAUACCCGGGAGUUUGUCGCCGCCUGCAGCGUCUGCGCCCGGAACAAGGCAAGCCACAGCCCUCCUGCCGGCCUCUUACACCCUCUUCCCAUCCCCAAUCGACCUUGGUCCCACAUUGCUGUUGAUUUCAUCACGGGACUUCCCACUUCUAGAGCUUCCAUCCUCUGCUGAAACCACAGACCUGCUGGUCCAGCAUGUGGUCAGGAUCCACGGGAUCCCCUCCGACAUUGUCUCUGAUCGUGGCCCUCAAUUCAUUUCUCGGGUCUGGCAGGAUUUUUGCAAGGGCAUUGGGGCCACGGUCAGUCUGACUUCCGGCUACCACCCCCAAAGCAAUGGUCAAGCAGAGAGGGCCAACCAGGGGGUGGAGACCAUGCUGCGCUGUAUGGCUGCGCAACAGCCUAACUCCUGGAGAGAUCGAGGUGGCAACUCCUUCCACCCAGGCACACCUGAGACGAUGCCGCAGAGUGUGGAGGUCCGCCCGUGCUUCCCUAUUGAAGGCGUCUGUUAGGAUGUGUCGCAAUGCCAACCGGCGGCGCAUCCCGGCUCCCGACUACCAGCCCGGACAGCAGGUCCUGCUUCGGGCCAAGGACCUCCACCUCCCGAUUCCCUCCCAGAAACUUGCACCACGUUUUGUUGGACCUUAUACGGUCAAAUCGAAGAUCAACCCUGCUGCUGUACAAUUGGAUCUUCCACAUUCCAUGAGAUCUCAUCCUGUCUUUCAUGUCUCCCAGGUCAAACCUGUUGUUAACAGUCCCCUGUCCGCCCCCACCCCCGCUCCUCCCCCUCCUAGAGUCCUCGAGGAUGGGGACCAAGUCUGGACCGUCAAGGAGAUCCUCAAGGUUCGGCGACAGGGGAGGGGUUGGGUCUACCUUGUGGACUGGGAGGGCUAUGGCCCUGAAGAUAGGUCCUGGGUACCGGCCUCUUACAUCGCCGACCCCUCCCUUAUCAAGGACUUUUACAGAGCUCACCCCGAGGCCCCCCGAAGCUCGCCGGGAGUCUCGCGUAAGAGGGGGGGUGCUGUUACGGGUCACACUCCUGCUUCCUCUCUUCCUGCUAUGUCUCCUCCUGCUGGGCGUCCGGACAAGCACACCACGGGCCACUCCCACGUGUGCUCUCUCUCCGCUGCGGGCGUGCCUCCUCGCACCUGCAAACACUCACCAAACUACACACCUGCCUGUGAUGAGCGAGCUGCCUUCAAGAGCAGACGCAGCCUGAGAUCCGACGCGAGAACGUAGCUUCACGUACCCAGUACAGUAAGCCCACACGUAUCU